AUGGCCAAGAAGAAGGGAUUGUUCACUAUUCUGACAAGGAUUUUUAUUUCAGAAGCUCACUCAGAAAAGAAAGAGAAGAGAAGAAGAUGGACAUUUUGGAAGCUUAAGGUUAAAAAAAGACUACCUUCCAUUACAGCACCUCCAGAGAACAAGACAAGAAACGAAUCUCACAGGGAACAGAAGGAAGAAUGUGUGUCAGAUGUAGGUGAAGCCAGCCAAGCAUCCUGUAGUGUACAGUUAGAUUCCAUAGAGAAGUUACAAGGUUCCACAUCCCUACAAACUCCUCAUCUGGUAGCUCAGUAUCAAAUGUUUCUAAAUAGAGAAGAGGAAAUCCUUGCUGCUGCUACUCGGAUCCAAACAGCUUUUCGAGGUCAUCUAGCAAGAAAAGCUCUACGUGCGUUGAAAGGAAUAGUGAAACUCCAAGCAUACAUCAGAGGUCGUGCAGUGAGACGCCAAGCAAUGACUACACUAAAACGCUUGCAAUCUGUUUUGAAUAUCCAGUCACAAGUCUGCGGUAAGAGAACUCAGAUUCACAGAGGUGCUCACAGAGAUUAUGAAGAGAGCAAUAAAUUUCAGAUGUUCAACGAGAACACACUCAAGGUGGACACAAAAGGUCAGAAGAGAUGGGAUAAUAGUCUUUUAACAAAGGAAGAGGCAAAAGCUGUGGUUAUGAGCAAGAAAGAAGCUUCGUUAAGAAGAGAAAGGAUCAAAGAAUAUUCAGUCACUCACCGGAAAUCCGCAGAGUCAUACAAGAAACGGAGUAACUGGUUAGACGAAUGGGUAGAUAUUCAACGAACCAAGAGCAAGGAGCUAGAAGAUCUCGACUUGUCUUUAAAACCAAAACCAAAAAAUGAAACACUGAGCAGAACUUCAAAGAACUCACCACCAAGAAGAUUAGCGAGUAAUAAUAACCAUAGAAGACAACAUUCAAUAAGUGAAGAGGAACAACAGAACCCUGGUGGUGGGGUCACUACUAGACCAACAUACAUGGUUCCAACAGAGUCAGCAAAGGCAAAGUCAAGAUCACUGAGCACCCCAAGGAUAAGACCAAGAAGUUUCGACACGUAG